CGCCCCCUCCCAGCCCCCCCACCCCCCGGCCAUAAAUGCAGCUCAUCACAGGCUGGGUCACUCAGAUCCCCACCUGGGGAACGGGAGGUGGGCCCAGCCCCCCAUGUUCCGCUCGCGGCGGGCCAGCCUGGUGCGGCGUCUCUGGAGGCAUCGCUGUGCCGGGCCCGGCCCCGAGGAUGGGCACGGCGCCCUCAAACCCGCCGCUCACGCCCUCUUCAAGAAGCUGAAGGACGAGGAGCUGGAGCUGCUGGUGCAGGCGGUGGAGAACCGGGGAGCCGGGCCGUCGGGCUGCGUCUGGGUGGCCCGGGCAGAGCCGCGUGGCACCAAGCAGGCCCUGCCCCCUCAGGUGCUGCUCUGCCGGCUCUACCGCUGGCCCGACCUCCGGCACCCCCAUGAGCUCAAGCGCCUGAGCUGCUGCCAGAGCUUCGGGGUCUGGGGGGGCUGCGGCGAGGGGGCCACACUCUGCUGCAACCCCCACCACCUCAGCCGGCUCGCCAUGCCCGAGACACCGCCACCCCCUUAUUCCAAAAUCUCCCCCUUCAGCUGCCUCUGGGCAGAGGUGUCGGAGCGCCCCAACUCCAGCCACCUGGAGUCUGGUUGCAAUGCCCACGGAGACUGGCGAGACCCCGGCCUGGCAUGGAGCACCACCAGGGACGGCUGCUGGUGCAAGUUGGCCUAUUGGGAGCACCGGACACGGGUGGGCCGUCUCUACGCCGUGCACGAAACCUCCGUCAACAUCUUCUGCGAGCUGCCGCAGGGGAGCGGCUUCUCCCUGGGCCAGCUGCAGGCCGAGAGGCGCAGCGCGGCCGUACGCCGGGCCCGGAGCAAGAUCGGCCGCGGGCUGCUGCUGAGCCGGGAGCGGGACGGGGUGUGGACCUACAACCGCAGCGAGCACCCCAUCUUCGUCAGCUCUCCCACGCUGGGGCCCCCCAGCGCCCGCGGCCCACCCGUGCACAAGGUGCUGCCCGGUUACUCCCUGCAGGUCUUUGACUAUGAGCGCGCGGGUGGCCAGGCCGGCUGGCGGAGGCCGGGCGAUGGGCCCUGCGACCCCAACAGCAUCCGCAUUAGCUUCGCCAAGGGCUGGGGCCCCUGCUACUCGCGGCAGUUCAUCACCGCCUGCCCCUGCUGGCUGGAGAUCCUGCUCACCAAGCCCCGCUGAGCCGGGGCCCAGCCCAGCCGCUCCCGCUGCGGCCACGGGCCCUGCCAGCCGACUGGAGUGGGAGAGCGUCCUCGGGCCCCCACCGCUGAGGCCUGGCCCAGCAGCCUCUGCCCCUCUGCCUAGAAACCCUAUUGCAGCCUCCCUCUGCCCGACCCAAUCAUGGCCUCUGGGCCUCUCCAGCCAUCCCCAGCCCGGGCGCUACGGCCCUGGUCAGCCCCUGUCUGCCCCACUCCCGCUGGCCUGCCCCCCAGCUUCCUCCCCCGCACCUCUUCCCCUUAUCUCCAGCCCCCCAUCCCCGUCCCUCUGGCAAUCCCACCCCCCUGUCCUCCCCCAGCCCCACCCCAUCCCUCUGCCCCCACAUCCCCUUCCCCACCCCAUCUCCCUUUACCCCCAGCCCCCGUCCCUCUGCCUUCCCCCAGCCCCUGCCCUGUGGUGUCGGACACGCCUGGCAGGGAGGCAGUGGUGGGGGACUGGGCGGUUCUCACAUUUAUUUCAAAUUAUCUUAUUUUUGUAAAGAAAAGUAGAUUAAAAAUCUGCCAAGUGCGGGGGAGCGGCUCCAUGUGCCAGCCUGACCCCCUGCCCACUUGCCAGCUGAUCCAUUCUGGGCACUGGCCCAGGGGGUAGCCGGUCUCAGCCCCCGCUGGGAGCCUGCUGGGCUGAGCUGAGCUGGGCUGGGCUGGGCUGGGCUGAGCUGGGCUGGGCUGGGCUGGUUAGGGGUUUCGAGGUUGAGAGGGUCUGAGCACGUCUGCAAAGGUGGGGAGGAGGUGAAGCAGGAGGGAGGUAGCAGUGGGGGCAGGACUCAGCACAGGGCGAAUUCUUGGCCCUGGGGGCUCUGCCCAGGGCCCGAUCCCCAGGGCUCAGAAGGAUCCUGGUAGCCUCAGAGCUUGGGCUUUGGGGUGUGGGCUCAGAGGCUGGUCUGUGCAUAGGGGGAGGCACAGAGAGUGGGGAGAGGCUGGGGGGCAGCUCAGAGCUGGCAGAAGAAGCCAGCAGGGCUGGGGGUGGCCAGCAGCAGCCAAAGCCCCCGCGUUAGGAGGGCUCCGGGGCUGGGGGGGGAGUUCUCAUGACUGGCAGAGUGUCCUGCAUGCAGCAGACAGCACCGGGCCCAGCCUGGCAGGGCAGAGGGGCAGUGCUGCAGGUUCCCCCGCAGUGCAGACCCAGACCUGGCCAUCUCCGCAGCCAGCCCUGCUGGGCACAGGGGCCCUGCUGGAGUCGGGCCGGGCCGGCACCGGUGUUGCAUGAGGAGCUCUAAGUUCUUCCAGCCACAUGCCUAGCCCGUCGCUGUUAUUUAUAACUCCAAUAAACGGUGCCACCGAA